GGCCGCGCACUCAGUCAGCCGCUAGCCGCCGCCGCGCGCGCACGUGUCCCCUCUGUGCUCCGAGCUCUCGCGCGUGUCUCGAGUGCUUGUGCUACGGGCUCCCAGUGCGGUGAAGUGGAGACCAGGAGCGGCGCCGCUGGGCCCGCACUCGGCCCGGGCGGCAUGGAGUCCCCACAGAUGUACGACGCGGCCGGCGCUCCGCCGCCGCCGCCCCAACCAGAACUCAAGAAGAAUGGCGAAGACAAGCGCGCCGCCUUCCCGCCGCCCGAGCUGGACGAGCUCAACGGCCAGGAGAUCAGCCUGGACCUGCAGCACCUCAUCGAGGACCAGUUCCGCGGCGAGGAGACCAUGGCGCUGUUCCAGGAGAUCCUCCCCGGCGGGCGCUCCCCGCAGCCGCGCCCGACCUACGCGCGCACCACGCUGGCCUACAUGCCGCAGCCCGUGCACUCGGGCGCGUCCUACGCCGCGCCGGUGCCCGCCAACUCGCACGACCAGGCGCCCCCCAUCAAGGAGGAGCCUCCAGAACCGCACGACUUCCGGAGAACAGUGACAUCUUGUGCGCAGUACACCGGCCAGUACAACCCUCAGCCGCCCGUUGGCGUGAGCAAUCCGUACGGAGGAGGGUUCACGCCGCUGCCGCCGCUGGGCGGGCCGCUGCUGCCUCCUCUGCUCAAGCACAAGCCGACGCCGUCGCGGCGCUCGUCCGGCAAGUCCAUAGACAAGGGCACGGACGAGUACCGGAGGCGCCGGGAGCGGAACAACAUCGCGGUGCGGAAGUCGCGCGAAAAGGCCAAAGUGCGUUCCCGGGAAGUGGAGGAGAAAGUGAAGACGUUGUUGCGCGAGAAGGACGCGCUGCUGAAGCGGCUGGAGGCGGUGUCGGGCGAGCUGAGCCUGCACAAGCAGAUGUACGUGCACCUCAUCAACCUGAACCACCCGGAGAUCACGGAGCUGUGCCGCUCCAUGCUGCAGCUGGGCGCGCCGCACGGCGACCACGCGCUCUGACCGCAGGCUGUCCCGACGGCGUCCCACUACUCGCGGCGCAGUAUGUAAGAGUGAUAUAGUGCAUUCAAGUAACCCUAGAGACACGACUCCUCUUAACUUCUAAGGUAUUUAGUUAGCGAAAUUAUCAUUUGUGAUUUAUUGUUUAUGUUUAAAAUGUAAAUUUUCGCCGGUGGGUUUUCUGUAAAAAAAGUCGUUGGGCUUUUUUGAGCGCGGAGAAAAGAAAUAGACUUUUAUUUAUGUGCUUGAUUUUUUUCGAUGGUCGGGUGCAUUGUUUUUUUUGUUUUUUAAUUUAUGAUUUCUUUUAAUUUUAUUGAUUUAAAAACGAACCGCGACCAAGAAAAUGGAUCUCAAUGUUGACGCGCGGUUCGUUUUUUGAAGCUCAUAGUGUAACCACUGCCAAUUGUUUUCCACUUAAAAGAAUAUAAUUUUAAAAUGUGCAAUUUUUAUAAUCCGAUAAGACUAGACAUUCAUUAUUAUAUAACCUCUUUAAACACGGUCUACCUACUUAUUAUUAUUAGUGUACGCUAGAUACAUUUUUAAUCAUCUGUAAUACAUACGAAAUUUAAACAUAAAAUAUAUAUGCUCUUUUGAAAACAUAUAAGUACAUUAAGCCGCACAUAAAAUUGACUGAAAAUUUCAUAAUCAUCAAAGUACAUUUUAAUCAUAAUAAUUUCUCAUCUUAGAUACCAACAUAGUUCUAUGUAAUAUAUAGCUGUAAAACUAUGAUGUAAAUAAUACUGUUGUAUAUAAGUUUGGAGAUGUUUAUGGAGAGUUAGUUAAUAACUAUUUUGAGUCUUAUAAGACAAUUUAUUACUUCUAUAUUUACAUAAUGAUUAGGUACAGGAAUACUCUUAUUGAGACCAUUUUGAAAAACAGAAAGGAUAACGAAAAUACUUAAGUAUUUACUUUUAAUAUUAUAAAAAUCAUGUCAUCAUAAUUCUGUUACUAAAAAAACUGAUCUUUUCUAUCUUCAUAUCUCUAUUGUUUCCGAUGAAACUGUAAAUUUAAGUUAUUGUAUGAAAAUGUAAAUAUUUAACCUUAAAUUACUUUUAAAUUAUAAACGUUAAGAAAGUCGGGAUUGUAACGAUGGGUUAUUUUAAUUUUUAAUAUUAUUUUGUUGACGUAUAAAAACUUUAUUCCUAAAAGUACCUUUUACUAUAUUCUUAUUUUAUUUUUGUUAGAUUUCUUGACUAUUUUAUGUUAAGUGAAUUGUUUUUAGUUAAAUGAUAAAAUCAUUAUGGCGACUGUGCCGAAUUGGAAAUAAGUACAAGGAGUUAAAAACGGAUGUUUAUUUUAUUGCUACUUAAUAUUUUAAAAUGGUAGCUAAAAGCUAUAGUUGCAGGCAAUUAAAGAUUUAAUAUUAAAGUUUACAAAUCUUUGAUUGACAGCCCUGGAAACUUUACUGGCUAUUUGACAGGUUUCUUUUAAAUACUUGGACAGAAAAUCUGUUAGGGUUGCCACACGGGUCUCGAAACACAUAGUUACCAGAAUAAAUCCUAACAUAUAUUUUAAAUAAUAAAUGCACGAUAAAAUGUAAAUAAAAGUACCUACAUUUUACACAAAACGCGUUGCUACUCCGUCCCAAUAUUUACCUGCGUUUUUAUUAAUAAAUAGAUUAAGAAAAUUCUAAAAAAUAUGAAUAAUAAAAGAUUAUAUACCUACAUGUGAAGCACUGAAACAGUUUAUACCUUAGGGGUUUUACAAAACAAGUACCAUUAAAAGGCUCCGUAGUCAAUUUAUGAUAAGAAAAAUAUACGUUUUAUUAUUGUUACUCACAGCAUUUUUAUGUAUUUCAAGUUCUUGUGCUAUUAUCAUCUAGUUGGUGCUAUAAGAUCAAAUCUUUUCUUAUUUCCUGAGCCAAAGACUAUAAAAACACUCCUAAAACUAUGUAUUUUCGUUGCUUUUAUAUAAAUCCCGUUGUAAGAAAGAAAAAAAACGUUUGAGGCCUUUCAUAUUUUUCUGACAAUAAUGUUUUUAGAAUUAAGUAUUAGGAUGAGAACAUACUAUUGAUGUUAUAGGUGCAAUUAAAUUUAAUAUAUUAUUAUACAUAUUUAAUAUAAAA